GUGGAGCGUGCAGUGGCCUGGCCCCGUCGUGCUCCUCGUCUCAGCUUACCUGGACUGACUGACCUGCACCAUGAAGCAAGCCGUGACAGGCGAACAGAUCUCAAAGUGGUUCACGUCAGGGGCGCCAUUUACCACCCUGAACCUUAAAGACGAGACUAAAACCGAAGUUGCUACACCAACGAAGUCCAGCCCAGCAAAACCCGAUGAGUCCAGCCAAAAAGCUGAUGUGGGAUCGAUCCAAAAACCAGAACCUUCAAGGGGUCGUCCUUAUUCUCCCUGCACCAGUUUUGAAUACCCGAGCUUGCCCAUAACCAAAAACAAGGAAGAACUGACUUCCUUCAUAGAAAGCAACUCGGUUGUGAUCGUUCGAGGAGCCACAGGCAGUGGCAAGACCACCCAGCUGCCACAGUUCAUUUUGGACCACUACAACGAGAAAAAUGCCCCGUGCAACAUUGUGGUCACUCAGCCACGCAAGAUUGGAGCCACCAGUAUCGCUCGCUGGGUUGCUGCUCAGAGGAAGUGUACCCUGGGUAGUCUGGUGGGAUAUCAGAUCGGACUGGAGAGAAUGGCCACUGAGCACACUCGGCUAAUUUACAUGACCACAGGGGUUCUGCUGCAAAAGCUGGUUUUGGCCAAGUCCCUCACAGAGUAUUCUCACAUUUUUGUAGAUGAGGUUCAUGAGCGCAGCGAGGAGAUGGACUUUCUAUUGUUGGUGUUGAGAAAGCUCCUUCAUUCCAACUCUUGUCAUGUCAAGAUAAUCCUCAUGUCAGCCACCAUCAACUGCAGAGAGUUUGCAGACUACUUUGCCACGCCGGUGUGGGGCAAAAUGAGCCCUGCUUAUGUGUUUGAAGUGGAGGGAGCACCCUACACUACUGAAGAGUUUUACCUGGAUGACCUUCAGAAACUGCUUCCUUGCAGGGUUGAGAUGCCUAAUACUGAGGACCUGUUUAUCUUGCCUAGCAUGUAUAAUCUUGCCAUCAGUCUAAUUCAGAGCUUUGAUGAGAUGGAAGGCAAAGAUUUCAGCAAAGCUGAGAAAGAUGGAGGGAUGACUUUGACAGAGAGGGGAAGUGUUCUGGUUUUCCUUCCUGGUUUACACGAGAUAAACACCAUGAAGGAGAACUUGACCAAGCUCGUUCACCAAAGAUUGCAGGUUUAUCCUCUCCAUUCAUCUGUGACUCUAGAGGAGCAGAACGGUGUGUUCCUCUCCCCCGUCCCUGGGUACAGGAAGGUGAUCCUCUCUACCAACAUUGCUGAGAGUUCGGUGACUGUGCCAGACGUCAAAUAUGUUAUUGACUUCUGCCUGGCCCGUCACCUGGUGUGUGAUAAAGAUACUAAUUAUCAGUCUCUGCACCUGACCUGGGCAUCCAAAACCAACUGCAACCAGCGCAAAGGGAGGGCAGGUCGAGUGUCAAAGGGCUACUGCUACCGGCUUGUGACUAAAGCUUUCUGGAUGAACGACAUCCCUGAAUAUAUGAUUCCUGAGAUGCAGCUCGCUCCUCUGUCAACCAUCCUGUUAAAGGUCAAGCUGCUGGACAUGGGAGACCCUCGCUCCCUCCUCUCUACAGCGCUCUCACCUCCCAACCUCUCUGACAUUGUUAGGACAGUUCUCCAACUCAUAGAGAUGGGUGCGCUGUCUGCCAAAACGGAUGGCGAUGGUCAGACAGAGGAUGGAGACCUGACGUUUCUCGGCCGAGUGCUCGCCCACUUGCCUGUGAACCUUAACUUGGGAAAGUUAAUUGUCCUGGGUCAUGUCUUUGGCUGUCUGGAUGAGUGUCUCAUCAUAGCUGCAUCACUCUCUCUGAAGAGCUUCUUUGCCAUUCCAGCCAUGCAGCAGCUUGCAGGCUACAGGAGCAGGCUGGCUUUUGCCCGUGGUUCCCAAAGUGACUCGAUAGCUUUCGUCAAUGCUUUCAGGGCAUGGCACUCUGCUAAAACAAUCGGACAGCUGAGACACCCAAAGGAUGAGCUGAGCUGGGGCAAAGAGAACUUCAUUCAAAUCAAGAGGAUCAGAGAGGUCGCAGAGUUGUACAAGGACCUGAAGAAACGCGUGUCCCAGUUCAACAUGCACGUUCCAGAGGACGCUCCGUCCCCAGACCCCACCAGCAUUCACCGGCAAAAGUUCAUCCUCCAGAUUGUCAUUGCCGGCGCGUUCUACCCAAACUACUUUUUCCAGCAGGAGAUAGAUGAACAACAAGUCUGCAAAGAGCUGAGUGGCUUCAACCCUCAAAGAACGGUCAUGGUGAGGAACAUCCCGCCGUACAACUUUUUGUACUACAAGCAGCUGCAGUCCUUGUUCCGCCUGUGUGGACAGGUGAAAACGAUCACAUUCGACUCCUCCAGAGCUUAUGUGGAGUUUCAUGGGAAGUCCAAGGAUUCGGGGGUGUUGCCUGAGGUGACGCUCGCCCUCCUGAUGGCCCAUAGGAGCUUCAAACUGGAGCUGUCAGUCUAUCCCACUGAGCAAAUCGAGCUCUGUGCAGGCAGGAGAGCAAUAUCCCACCUGCGAUUCUCACGGUUGACGGUUGACAUCCAGAGCCAGUCGCUCUCCAUGAUCGAUGCCGUCGGCAGCAAGCUCAACCCAGACAAGCUGCCUCCCAGUCUCUCGUUUGUUGUGAACAUCACAGAGGUGCUGGACGUGGGUCAUUUCUGGGGGUUCCCAGCAGAUGACGGCAGCUUGGAGAAGCAGCGCCGCCUGACGGCAGAGAUCAACAAGUGCUCCAUGUCUCCUGUGACCGUGUCGCUUUACCCGAACCUGCUGUGUCUGGCGCCGUACUCUGAGAACAACGAGGAGAGUCUGUACUACCGAGCCAAGAUCCUGCACAUGCGUGGCAACACGGUGGAGGUGUUCUUUCUGGACUUUGGCAACACGGGGGUCGUCUCCAGCAGCAGCCUCAGAGAACUUCCAUCUGAUCUGCUGUCUGCGCCGUUCCAGGCCCGGGAGUUCCAGGUUGCUGGGAUGCGGCCUUCAGCCCAGUCCAUCAUCUUGGGAAACCAGUGGAGCAGCUGUGCCAGAGACUGCUUCAUCUCUGUGGUGAAGCAGCAGUCGGUCGUCGUGUCCGUCUACUCCAUCCUGCACGGUGUCAUGCGUGUGGACCUGCUCGUUAAAAAGGACGCAGAACCCACCAGCGUGGUAGACAUACUGGUGGAAGAGGGCCAUGCCGUGAAAGCAGAGGAGUGCGUUGAGUCUCAGCAAAGCCACGAAGACCUAAAGUCGAUGUACGACGACCUAGAGAAGGGAACAUUUAUUCCCGGUUCCGUCAACAGUUCCUGGCGAGAUCGCAAGAACGAGGAGGAGGAAAUCAUCAACAAUCUGUUGACUCAGUUGUCCAGUAAGCCGUCCUGCUCCUAUUUAAAGGUUAAUCUGAAAGGACCUACGAGUCCUUACAAGACGAACUUCUACAGCUUGAGCAGGAAAGCCUAUUACAGGACCGUGGCUGUCGAGAGAAACAGCAUCAACGUCUUUACUCUGAAUGAAAACCCACACUUCAAGCAUCGGCGCAUGCUGGUGGCCGGAUCGGUGGCCAUCAGUGCUUCAGGUGUACAGAUCCUGCUGGACAACACCUCCAUCCUGCCUGACAUCCCUGGACUGCCGGCUCUGGUGAUGAUGCUCUUCACUCCCGUCAUGGAGUUACGCACCAACGAAGAACGGAGCUACUACACCGGCGCCCUCUUCGGCUUAGGCUUCAACGGCCGCACACAGGAGGCCAUCCUGCCUGAGAACGACAUUGAGCUGCAGUUUGACGUCAAGAUGGACGCCACGGACAUCAUCGAGAUCAACGCUCUGCGGAUGGCCAUCAACAGCCUGCUGUGCAACGGGCCCAGCAGCACUCUGCACCAGAGCCCGGACCGGAUCAGUCGGCAGCAGGAGCACUGCCGGGACCGCCUGACCAGGCUGUUCAUCAGGUCUCCUCCCAGAGAAGCUGUCCCUCAGAUGUACCAAGAGAACGAAGGGAAGUGGAACCAGGUGGACCCUUCACACAGAAUGGACGUUGCAGAACGAGGAGGCCGAUCCGUCCGGGGCGCUCUCUUCCAGCUGCAUUCACCCAUCGUGCUCAACGGCUGAACUAAGCCUCCGUUGGAAAAACCGGCUAACAAAAGAUAGACGUGUACUUACUUUAGACGUUUAAUGUUAUGUUUUUUGUACGCAAGACUCUUGGCAGCCGUGUAAAAUAAUUUGUUGUCGUUGCAGAAGUUCCCUUGUUUGAUCUGAAAGGGCUGUUUUAAGUUCUUGAAGAGUUUAGUUUGUUUUUCUACUUGCCAUUAAAAAAAAAAAUUAAAAAAGUUCUUACGCAACAGAUGAGUCUCUUUUUUUUUUUUUUGUUGUUUCCCAAACGGGCUCAUUGUGACCCCUGACUGAAGUUAAAUACGUCCACACAGCACUGUGCCGUGUGUCCGUGCCCACAAUCCACAGGUUCAUAUUUAUAGCUCACCAAACCGAGACCCGUCUUCAACUCGUCUUCAGCAGCGGGGAGGAAGAAUAAGUGAGGUGGCCGAGGAGGUGUUACAUCAAGGUACAUUUAUUUUAUCUUUUUAUUCCUGUAAUUAAAUACACACUGUAAGUGCAAAUAGUUAAGAGUCCAGGGUCUAGAGAACUACAGAGUAUAGCUGAACGAAAUACAAAGUUGGACAGUUAUUCAAACAAGCUUAAUAUCACCUUGUCUUCAUUCUUGUACAACCGUACCUAACGUGAGCGCGUGUGUGUGUGUGUUGUUCCUUAAUGUUUAUUACAAAGAGCAAAACCCCUACAAUUACCACAUCUAACACGCAUAUUGUAAAUUAUCUUGUGCUUAGAAACACCAAAAAGGAAAUUAUUAUUUAUAUAUAUAUUGACAUACUGAGGAAAGCCCCGGCUGUUAAUUCAGAGACAUGAAGCGGUAUUUAACACUGGCAGCGGAGGACGUCUGGGCCUUUUCCGCCUUGUUGGGGCCGAAUCGUACAACUUUGUGGUAAGCACUGCAAAGCAAAAUAGAUGUAGCGUGGUUUUUUAAAACUGCACAAAAUGUAUCAAAUAUUAUUUACCCAAGGCUCAACGUCAUGCACUUUGAUAAUAAGCAACACAAACGGGUUCUUUUUUUGUCUUUUGAGCUGUGUGGUUUGUCUACCUAGAAGCAGGGUUAUACACAUACUGUGACUGUUGUGUUAGUGUUGGACUGCUAUAGACAGGGUGAAGGCUUCUCCUGUGGAUGCUUUUA